AAUUUGUGAACUCUAAGUGUCUGUGGCUGUCUGUGUGUGACUGUGACACUGUAGGAUGUUCCUGACUCACUGUAUGUUAGGAUGGACUGUAUUAACAGUCCUCUGUCUCUGCCUGCCUGUGUGGACUGCUGUGAAGGUGAUCCAACCCUACAGAGUGGUAAGCACCAAUGGUACAGCACAGGUCCAGUGCUUCAUCCAGCCUCAACCCGCCUACCACCAGAUCCAACCCUCCUAUAACCAGAGCCCACCAUACCCUUACCCUGGCCCUGAGCAUCUCCGCGUGACUUUGCUGAAAGGUCUGCAUGGCAGCCAGGAGCUCUGCUCAUCUAUCCUCAGCUUCACAGAAGAGAACCAGGCAGCUGUGGAGAAAAAGGGAGAGGUGCAGUGCUCUGCUCAGGUGAGAGAUGGCGCCGUGGAGGUGACAGUGUCUGGACUGAAAGCCACAGACACAGACUUGUACCGCUGUGACAUAGAGGUCUUCUACCCACCACCAUACCUGCACCUCAUUGGCAACGGCACUCUCAUUCAUAGUUUAGAGAGCCCUGACUGUCCUGUGCAGGGCACUGGCAGACAGCUUUCACUCCAGAGUGAUGAAGAAGAGAAUGAGAGUCAAGAGACAAUGGCACCAGUCAGUGUUUCUGUGGUUGUACUGGUGGUACUGGUCCUUUUUGUCCUUAGUAUCAUUAUCUACUUCCAGACUGUUCACUGUGCGCGAGAGAAGUGGGAGAUGGUCAGAUCUGUGCCUGGUGGGCCUCACAAGGUGGACGCUGUUGCAUGUUCAUAUGAAAAUGUUGUAUGAAAAACACAAGCGCAGAAACCAAAGCAGAACAGUAUCUGCCUUGAACCAUUUGAAUACCACUGAUUUUGAAUGGAGAGUUAAAUGAAUAUACUAGUAUGGUCGGUGCUGGCCAUUUGUUAAAUGUCACCUCAGUUAUGAUUGAGGUUCUUUUUUAUUUUAUUUUU